AACAACAGCUGCACUUAUCGGACCGGGACUCCACAGAGGAACAUGACGAUGACUUCCAGAAAGCUCGUGUCCCCCCACCUUCCCUCUGCGAAGCUCCCGCACUUGUUCUAAUGGCCGGUCGCCCCGCGACUCUUCAGCUUUUGUGCGGCUCUACUUGCCCACGAGCGGGUUCGUGCUUAUUAGCGCCAAUGAGGACCGCGCUGUCGGAGCGGCGCUGAGCGCGUUGUUACCCGUUGGGUUGGGUACAUUUAGGCCGGCGAGGAGCGACGAGUGCGGCGGAAAGAAGAGACCGCGAUCCCAGUGUUGUCUGACAUUUUGAUCCCUUUGAGAACGCACCGAGCAACCCCCCCCAACCCCCCCCCAAAAAAACUUGUGGUUUGUAUCGCGAUGCGCGUUGUGUAGUGGUGAGCGCGCCGCGCCGUGCGUGAGACAGGCAGCAAUAGUGCAGAAUAAAUCUACAGCUCCGGCGGAAGGAAGAUCAACAGGAAAAGAAGAUGAUGAUGAUGGCUGGCGGCGGCGGCGGAGCGGCCGUGGACCUCAACGGGAUAUACCCGAACCUGCAGAGCCUGCAGCAGCCCCCCAUGGACGCGGAUAGCCCGGACUCCCGCAAACGACCCCUGGAAACUCCGGCGGAGGAGGCCGGCUGUACCAAGCGCACCAACACUGGAGAGGAGGGCGAGUACUUCCUGAAGGUGCUGAUCCCCAGCUAUGCAGCCGGCUCUAUAAUCGGCAAGGGAGGCCAGACCAUCGUACAACUGCAGAAAGAGACGGGUGCCACCAUUAAGCUGUCCAAAUCCAAAGACUUCUACCCUGGAACAACAGAACGCGUCUGUCUGAUACAGGGUACAGUCGAGGCUCUUAAUGGUGUCCAUAACUUUAUCGCGGAGAAAGUCCGCGAGAUGCCCCAGAGCGCCCAGAAACCCGAGCCAGUGAGCAUACUGCAGCCGCAGACUACCGUCAACCCAGACCGCGUCAAACAGGCCAAAUUGAUAGUGCCCAAUAGCACUGCUGGGCUGAUCAUUGGGAAGGGCGGAGCCACGGUCAAGGCGGUGAUGGAGCAGUCAGGGGCUUGGGUGCAGCUCUCUCAAAAGCCAGAGGGCAUCAACCUGCAAGAGCGGGUGGUGACCAUCAGUGGGGAGCCAGAACAGAACCGCAAGGCCGUGGAGAUCAUAGUGCAGAAGAUCCAGGAGGAUCCUCAAAGCAGCAGCUGCCUCAACAUCAGCUAUUCCAACGUCUCGGGCCCAGUAGCCAACUCCAAUCCCACCGGCUCCCCAUAUGCCAAUACGGCCGAGGUGUUGCCCAAUGCAGCCGCAGCAGCCGCCACCGCCUCUAGCCUUCUGGGCCAAGCCGGCUUGACAGGAAUGGGUGGCUUCCCCGCAACCAUGUCCAGCUUCUCUGGCAACGAUCUGCUGGCCAUCACCUCUGCCCUCAACACGCUGGCCAGCUACGGCUACAACACUAACACCCUAGGUCUGGGCCUCAACCCUGCAGCGGCUUCUGGGGUCCUAGCUGCGGUAGCAGCAAGUGCCAACCCGGCUGCUGCUGCCGCAGCCAACCUACUGGCCUCCUACGCUAGUGAUGCCUCUGGCAGUGCCAGCCACCAUGCUGCGGGCCUUGGGGGGUUCUCACUUGGUUCUCUAGCGGCUGCCACAGGGGCUUCAAAUGGUUAUCUAAAUGCUUCAUCCCCACUGAUGGCCUCCUCCCUAUUGGCAACAGAGAAGCUGGGGGACGGCGCCAAGGACGUGGUUGAGAUCGCUGUGCCCGAGAAUCUGGUCGGUGCCAUUUUGGGGAAAGGAGGGAAAACGCUGGUGGAGUACCAGGAGCUAACGGGAGCCCGCAUCCAGAUCUCCAAAAAAGGAGAAUUCAUUCCUGGUACUCGGAACCGUAAAGUUACCAUAACAGGGUCACCAGCCGCCACGCAAGCAGCGCAGUAUCUCAUCAGCCAACGGAUCACUUACGAGCAGGGCGUGCGCGCUACCAACCCACAAAAGGUGGGCUAAAAGGAAAAAGAAGAGGAAAGAAGGAAAGGAUGAAGACAGAGAUAGAAGGAAAUUGAGAGGGUCACGAUGGAUAGAAAAAAGAAACGUCCAAAUAUCUGUUCAAUAUUUCCGUAUCAAAUGAAAGAAUCACAAAAGGAGGAGGUGGGGGAGACAACCAAGAUAAGUGUGUGUGAUAUGUGAAUGUGUUUUUAGGACUGACGUCCUGAUGUUUUUUAAAAGUUUGUGUAGAGUCUUUUUGACGAUGGUGAUCAGAGUAAGCUGAACAAGUAAACUGCCAAGCUGCAGAUUCAAGGGUGAGGCCACAGGGUUUCACCCUCCUCCAAAACCUCAUUGCUGUUUUUUAUUUCUGGCUUUUGCUGGUUUUAAUUUCAGUUGCAAACCUCAGCUCCCGGUGAGUUGAACGAUUUGGAUGAUGCUUCAGCCAACUGAAAGAGCUGUUUUACAAACCUUGCUCUUUGUGUGCAAUGCAGAUGGCGUUGUGAACAGGGGUGAGGUUUUAUGACAAGCACCUGAGGUCAUCUCCGUCUACGGGGAAGCAAUCUGCGCGUUACUUUAAAGUCAUAUCAUUGACUUCUGUUGAAUUCUGGCUCAUAUCAUAAUUGAAGUUUCUAAAUUUGGGUAUUUUAUAUUUCCAUCCUUUAUUUAUUGACAUGGUCUCAUUCAAACACAAGUAGAUUAUUUAAACCUGUGAAUGCAGGUUGAUCUGAAUGUAAAAACAAUAUUAGCCUAUCGCUAUUUUUUAUUUACAGGGAUCAAAUAUUGUGUUGCAGUGAAGGAAAUGUAUUACAAAAAAAGGUACUUGGCCUGCACUUCACUGCUGCUGAGUAUAGUUCGGGGGUUGAAUAAUCCACGUGAGAGGACAGAGGGGACACACAGGAAUGUAUGAAUAUAUAUUUUACACGAAACACAUCCUCGAUGAUGCUCCCACAAAGAACGGAAGCACAUUUGCAUAUUCAGUCACAGCUACUAACACGGAAAUAUGCUGUUUAACCCUUUCCUGGUGCUAUAGGAUUAGGUUUAUAUCUCCUUAUACCAUGAAAUGAGAACCCUUGGCGACUAUUAAACUAAAAACAACUGAUGUGUCAUCCAGCCGUUAGCAGCCCAUUGGAUUUCACCCCUCUCACCUAAUAAAAAUGAAUUAUUUCAGACCGUCACGACAAAAAACAAUCCAGUCUUAAUAUCUCAAGUCCAUCCUCGCUCCCAAUGUAGUUGUUUUUAAUUUUCAAAAAAUUGACCAUUAUCUUCAUUUUUCCUGACGAUACGUUUGCCUUAGUCACGCAUUUCCCGAGAAUUGACUUAAAGCUCAUACUACCUUCAAGCAGUGUCUCACAAGUUCAGUCUGAACUAAAGAUGCAUUUUGAUAAGAAAAGCUGUAUGAACCAAUAUCUGUGAACAAAGAAACUAAUGCCUUUACAUUAAGGGUACCAAAUAGUCAAGAGACACACACUCACACACUAAUGAAAGGGAAGUAGAAUGACACUUGAGAAGAAGGGUUUGGACUUGCUUUUUUUUCUGGGAGCCAUCCCUUUUCCAAUUUGCAUGAAGACAAAAUAAAUAAAAAAGAUCCAGUUCACCCCGGCAGCCUGUUAUCGUCCCCCAAAACACGUUAGCGCUCACUAAGUGCAGCGGUAUUCAAACGCCGCGCAAUGUUUGGGCGUUGUCUUUACUUUCAUGGGCAAUCGUUAUGGACUGAUAGUCCAGAGCCUUUCCCCAAACACUCGAAGAUAACCUUGGCUUCCUUCUGUGCUGCUAUCCAUGGUGUUCAUCCUGAGUACACUGGGUCUCUGAAGACUGCACUGUGAGACAUUAAGAACACAAUGUAAAGCGUGUCUGUGCCCCCCUGGGACAUGAGUAUAUUUUAAUGUGCACAUCCAUGUGACGUAAACCAGACCCCACCAAUACGUGAUAUGUUAUAUUAUCCACAAGAGCAUUUAUACUCCAGCGUGAUGUUUCUGUUUACCAGUACCAAUGCACUGAGCUUCAAUUAGCGGGCCGUUUUUUUUGUUUUCUUUUCUGAUCAGCGAACGUCAAAAUAUUCCCACCGCACUUUUGUGUUACGUCCACGCUCUAAAGACAUCUUUCAAUUGUCCCCAUCGACCCAAGCUCUAUGACCAGCUUCCUGAAUUCACGGCUGUGAGGGUUGGCGCUGAGAAGUGUCCCAAGAAAUUCAGAACCUCUCUUGUUUGUGUUGUUUCCUUGGAAAAUUGAACUAAUGGCCUUUUUCAUUUUCAUAAUUCACGUUCAAAGAUAAAUGGAAUCGAGCCGAGCAUUGGGACACAGAGCCUUUACUUCCAAAACUGAAAUCUCUCCCUUCACCGCGCGUCCUGAAAGGCUUUUCCGCUCAUCCAUAACUACAAUCUGGCCACUAGCGAAACCAUAGCGCACGGAUAACCUUUUACUGCCCAGGGUUUUUAGCAUAUAAUAAGAUACAAGCACAAAACAAGGGAAUGUUUUAUCAAUGCAACUGGGCUGCUUGACUGCAAGGGGAGGGGCUCUCCGAUCAUGACGUUGUGCCAAAUGCUAUUUCUCUCUGCCCUCUCAUUGACCUUCUUCUUUCUCUCAGCAUUCUUAUACCUCCUGCAUGUUGCUGUUUCUCACCAACCCGAGACCCGAUGUGUCCGAGCUUCUUCCUACACUUUCCUACUCUCCCCCUCUUUCUCCUCUCUCCCCCCAACUUCUUGUCUUCUCAUGGGUGGCACGCUGGCGGUGGGAGUUAUGCACUAUAGGUCAUAAGGGUAUGAAAAUAUUUUCCCAAGCCGUAGAGUUCACAAGGCUAAAAAUGCACAGAAAACACCUGCCUCUGAAACUGUGACACCCACGAGACCAACCAGCAAACGUUAGCUCAAAGUAUCAAAUUUCCUCGUUAGAAGAAGAACAAGCGUGUAGACCGUGAACUAUUGGCCUUUUGAGGGAAGUGUUGUUGUUUUUUCUCUUUCACAAGAAGACAAAUUAGAUAUUAACAUGUCGGCUGAACAAACUGACCUCCAGUUUCCAGUCACUCAAAACAAAGCGCAUGAAGGAACGGAACUCAUAAGAUGGCGCGAGCAAGGCGAGAAACGUGUUUGUGACCUCAAGCUGAAAACAAUGACAUCCUUUAUGCAUAUCCUCUUAUCUGAAAAAUGACUACAAAUCAUUUCUGUGGAAAUACAAUAUGUCAUGUCAUAUGAUCUAUAUGUACUUUAUUGUAGCUAUUCUAGUUUGUAGUCCAAAUGCAGUCCAGCGUUGUCGAUACAAUGUGAACUAUGUUAUAUUUGUGUGGAUGAUGAGAGUGCCAACCAAGCCUGAUUAAGAUUAGCUUCGCGAUUUGUUUGUGCAUUAUGAUGACUCAUCAUCAACCGGUGGUGUCCAUAUUUCUGUCAUGAUUUAGUUUGACAGUAAGAAAAUGUAAAGAAUAUUGGAAGCAAUAUAGUAGCAUGUUGUCCUGUUUUGUGUUCAAUGUCUGUUGUAUGAACCUUUGAAAUUACUAAAAUUUUGAAUGAAUAGGUUUACAUGUACUUUUUGUAAGUUAUGAAAAUGCUGCUAUUUGAUAAGUAAACUAUACAAAAAUAUUUUAGUUGAAAAGAUGUCUGGUCUGUUGAUUAGAAACAUGCUCUAAAAGGCUGGAGCAUAAAACGAGGUGUAUAGAAUGCUAUACAGUAUUGGUAAGAUAGUAAAGUAAUAAUAGACUCCAUAGUACAACCUGUGCCAAACUAGACCUCCGCAGCUGAAAAGUGUAGAUGUGAUCAAAUGUUAGAUAACUUGUUUAGAAGUGCUGAUCAAGUGCCAAUCAAACACUGUCUUUUAAGUUAAGAAAAAGAUAAUCAAACACAUGACUUAAGAAAAGCAAAGGACAAAGAACCUUUUUGUGCAUUGUUUUAUCCCAUAGGUACAUAGACUAAGAGUUAAAGAUUGUGAUUUUUAUGGAUCCAUGUUGUUUUACACUUCAUGCAUCCCUUGUGUGUUUGUUUGACCUGUGGCUUAAGUACUGCUAUAUCACAAAAUGUCUCUAUAGGCCAGCAUGGACUGAAGCAUAACAUGUUAUAAGCAUUCAUAACAUACCAUUAACAAUCAAAAAUGUGUUUGUGGAGUUAGGUGUUAUCUUUUUGCACGUCUUCUAUUGCAUGGUAUCAAAGUAAAUUAUGGAGAAAAAAAAGCUACAAAAAUCUGCGAGGCGUCUCUCGCAAACAUUCAAAGACAUAACGCUGCAUGUGGUCAAAUGUAAAGCACUUAAGUUUACUCGCCUCAUGUUGAAAAAAAAAAGAGUUGUUUUUUAUGUUGUGAGUUGGGAGGGAGAUCAUUAUUGUCAUGUUGGCCCGAAUAAAAAGACACACAUCCACAUCUAAGAUCAAAUCCUCAUGAAUCAAGUUCAUGUCUCUGCACAUCAUCCAAGAAGAUGUUUAUAUUUUCAGGUACAGUGAGGAGUAUUAAAAAUGUAAAACAAGCAAACGUGAAAAUGUUAUUCAGUGCAUUGGCUCCUUGUGUUUUUUUUGUUUGUUUUUCAGGAUAUCGGGCAUGCAUUUCUUUUUACAAACGGAUUGAACCUCUAUGAACCUGACCCAUAAUGUUUCUGGAUUUUUCUUUUCACAGCUUGAACGCCCAGAUCUAAUCUAUGAAUGUACCCAUUAACUCUUUUUUUGCUGUCAAAUGUUAUAUCAAUCUUUAAUGUAAAUUCAGGGCAGGAAUGUCAAAUACAUGUAGAGUUAAUAUCUAUGUCAAUAACAGAUUUCAGCUAUAGUCAGGUAGGCCCUUAUGCGGCCACAGUCAUGAUCCAGAUAUGUUUUUAACACAACUUCCGAUUUGCUGUCAACAUUAUCUUGUUUGUUUGGUGUUGCAUAAAUGCACUUUACUGAUCAGUGGGGUCAUACUGACUGUGAAAUGAAGCAAACCAUGUUGGCUUUUAACAGUUUUUUUUGCCAGUCUUUUUUGCUCUGAUGUAACUUUUAUUUCUUAUUUUCCUUUUCCUGUAUGGUCUCAUGAAUGAUGGAAGAACUAGAGUCUCAGACAAUAGUGAAAAGUAGCACCCGUUUCCUCACUUGAAGGCAUCUCCUUCACAUUCCCUUCAGCAGAGGUUUGUGUUAAUCACCGAGGGCUUUUUCUUUUCUGUUUUUUUUACCAGUGUGUGAAACAAGGAGGGGGCUCUGUAGGCUUUGGGCACUUUUGUGUGCUCUUUUACUUUGAAUUACAAAUUUAGAAAGAGGGUUUCCAUUUCUCCAGCAAAUUGGGAUUAGGCUGAAGGCACCCGGUUCCUGUCUCCUACAAAGUUAUGUUUCAAUCCAACUAAACUACGCUGACACUCACGUUCAGAGAAAUCUCUUUUUCUCCCGGAUUACAAUUGCUGUAUUGAAACGGUUUGGCUUAAAGUUGUUUAGUUAUUUUUAAUUGAAAACUCUAAAACAGAAAGUAGAUGGUUCACAUCUCACACAAAUACCAUUUUUUUUGGAUGAACGUCAUGUACGCCUUUGACCCAUUGCCCCUUUACAUCUCCUCCUUCUGAGGACAUAUUUCUGAAAUGUCAAAAUCAAACGAAACCCACGACAGUCUGCAUAGUUCACCCUGCAGUUUUGUUGUGUGGGAGCGUGCCUUUUAGGAGACGGGUGUGGGGCUACGGUCAGAUUAGAGACACGUAAUCGGCACCAGCAAAGUGAAGAUUGCCACCUCAAAGUGAUACAUAUGACAGAGAAAACCCAUUAGACUUUGAGUGGUAACGGCUUGCUUAGUGUCGAUCCAUAUUUCUCCUAUUAUUUUGUGUCACAGACCCCUGUCGUUGCAUUUACUAAUUCACAUCUGAAUGUGCCAAUUGAACUACAGUAUCAUUCCAAAAGUUGUUGUUUUUGUUUUAAUCCUCACUCCAAAUGCGUCCUGGACGUUCAUCUGCCCCCCGCAGAGCCCUUUCACAGGACGGCUAGGACUGGUUUUUAAAUCACUUCAAACUGAGGAGGACUCCUCGCUCUUCUCUUAAACAACCUCUUCUCUCUGAGUGUCACUCUCUCAGUCUACCGGACAUCACCAUUUGUUUUCCGUUGCACCGAGCACCUGCUACUGUGUCCGCCCUUUACGACGGAAUAAGGUAUUUCUGAGCCCUUUUGUCUGAGAAAAUGUGGGAUUUUUUUGCCAACCUGACAUGAGGCCAUUUUUGUCUUUUACCCUCUAAACCUCCCAUGAACUUAGUUGACCGUCUCCAUCUACAAGAACUCAUUCAUGUAUAUGUUGGAUAUACUCUGCGAGGCUGGUUAUCUGGACAAUUCUGCAGGGGUUGAAUGCUUGCUUAAGUGUAAACUGAAGGGAGCAGGCCAAUACCCUGCAACCAUUUCCACGGCAUGGUAUAUUUUCUUUAAGUUUUUUUUUUUUUUAAUUCCUUAAACCUCUGUUCUUUCCAUAUCAGAGAAGAAAAAAAUGGACUGACAGCAUAAGAUCAAAUAUUCCAACAUAGGAAAAAGUGAUGUUUUCCGGUUGACUGGGUACAUUUCUAUUGUCUUUUGGCAACAAUGGUUCUGUCUCUUGUUUGUGAUGAUAACAAUCUGUGAAAGUCCACAGUGUUAACUAUAGAAAGGGCUUUCAAAGACAGCUUUUACAUGUCUUUUAAAAUGAACCUAUUCAGAGAUUAAAGGAAAAGGUCUUUUGUGCCAUUUUGGAAAAAAAAAAAGUGCAAGACAAAUAUUUGUCAGCGAGAGUGCCAAAUAAUUCCACACUCAGCCAAAAUGCAGCCAGCUUACAUAACUUAAUAUUAGAUCACUGGAAUGGUUACAUCCCAUUUCCUCUCCCCUUGAAAAUGUCACUGUAAUUGCACAAUGUUUGAGCUCAUGUACCAUUAUUGUUAUGCUGCCAGUCUGUUUUCUGCUUUUGUCAGGAAAACUUCUCAGAAGUAGUAUAUUUUCUAAAUGACACACUGUUGGUGAGGAAAAUGAGAGGAUUUAAAAAGUGUCAUUGUUUUUAUUAUUAGUUUAUUUCAACAUUAUUCAUUAAUAGAUUUAACGGUAAUGACUAUUUAAUGUAACUGUAGUACUGUGUUUGUAAAGAAAUUCAGUGAGUUGUGUUUUAUGACUCGUGGACUACCAGUGAAGUCAGCAUUUCAGUGUUAAUAAUUGAAUUGUUUUUUAAAGAUUAUUUUUGCGAAGGCAACAAAGAGUCAUUAUAAAUGUUCAUUUUAACAUCA